GCGGCGCUCUGAGAGACCCCCGCUCUGGAAGCGCGAGGAGAGGCAGCGCGCGCACCCGCCUGUUCACUUGUAGUAUGGCAUCGAGGAGAAUGGAGACCAAACCCGUGAUAACGUGUCUGAAAAGCCUGCUCAUCGUCUACUCCUUCGUGUUCUGGAUCACGGGGGCCAUCCUUCUCGCCGUGGGACUAUGGGGGAAGUUCAUGCUCGGGCCAUACAUCUCCUUGAUCGCUGAGAACUCCACCAACGCACCGUACGUCCUCAUCGGCACCGGGACCACCAUCAUUGUCUUCGGGCUGUUCGGCUGCUUCGCCACCUGCAGGGGGAGCCCAUGGAUGCUGAAACUGUAUGCGAUGUUCCUCUCGCUAGUGUUCCUGGCUGAGCUGGUGGCUGGCAUCUCCGGGUUUGUUUUUCGUCAUGAGAUUAAAGGCACAUUCCUGAGGACCUAUAACGAGGCUGUGUUGAACUACAAUGCGCAAGACGAGAGGAGUCUGGCUGUGGAUAACGUGCAGAGGAGUCUGCGUUGCUGUGGUGUGUUGAACUACACAAGCUGGUUCAACAGUGUUUACUUCCCCACUAACGGAAUUCCCCCCAGCUGCUGCGCAGACGUGUCCGACUGCAGCCCCUCUGACCUGCGCAACGCCACCAUAGUGGUUACCAAAGUGCACCAGCAGGGUUGUUAUGAACUGGUGACUUCCUUCAUCGAGACUAACAUGGGCAUCAUUGCUGGAGUGACGUUCGGCAUCGCUUUCUCACAGCUCAUCGGGAUGCUGCUGGCGUGCUGUCUGUCCCGGUUUAUCACGGCUAAUCAGUACGAGAUGGUGUAGCAGAGCAGGACGCGGUGAGCACGCAGAGCGGAGAGCCGGGAAGGAAACCUGAGAUACUAGCACACUCCAUUCUUCUCCUUCUACCUUUUCUUUUCUCCUCCUCCCUUUUCCCUCUCCCUCGCUCUCUUCUGGUAGUGUAUCAUUCCUCAGUAGUGCAUUUAGUGUGCCGGCUUGUCUUUCAGAAUCCCUUAACUCCACACACACACACACACAUACACACACACACACACACACACUUCGCUCUGUACAAAGCCAUGCAUGCUGAAACACUUCCACUUUGACCCCUGACCUGCGUUUUUAUUGAUGUAUCCGCACGUCGGUGCGUCGUAGCUCUAGAUCUUCGUUACGGUUUUUGAGAUCUAUAUUUAUAUAUAUACAUAAACACAUAUAUAUAAAUAUGAUGGAAAUAAUAACUAGUUUGCUUUAUUUUUCCCGUCGUAGCCGUCUGUGCGCCGUGGUGACGUCUGCGCCGGAGGAGAGACGUUACCUUUCAGUUCACGCUUACGCUUUUUAUCCCAUCGAGCGGAGCCGCAUACGCCGACUGUCCUCGUUACGCCUUCCAGAAACUUCCCGUCGCGCUGUAGACACCUGCGGAGGAAAAAACACAUCGGAUUAUAGUCACAAUGGAAAUGCGAUUGUUUUUUUGGUGCAGUUGAAAUGAGGUUAUUAACUAAGCCAGUCUUUAUCAAGCUCUAGAUUUGGAUCUGACGUGUGUGUGUGUGCAGCUACAUUGCUUACGAAAAUUGGCGUUUCUCAUAGUAAAACAUUUGUUUACAUUUCCAUGGAUACGGUGAGGGAUUUCUGGGUAAUGUGCUACGGACACCAAUCAUUUUUUGACAAUUGGAAAAUAUUUAUUUGGUAAAUACAUGUUAAAUCUGACCAACUUAAAAAUUCCAAAAAAAAUUCAUCCCCAAGAAACCGACCAUGAAACGAGUCAGCGCUUUCCACGAUUUAGCUUUCGAUCGUACGUUUUUACUCCGCGUGCUGCGUACACACGGCACGUGACAGCGCGCGAGGUGAAACGUCUGUAUCGGGAACGUAGGAUUCGUGACAAUUUUGGUUCGUUCGUUUUGAGAAACUCCAGUCGGAGAAAUCACUCGGAGAGAAUUCAAAUUCGCGGAAUUGGCGUGAAGUGAUGCGGUACGACGUCAACAAAGGAGUUGACCAGACGCUCAGAAGAGCAGAAUGUUUUUUUUAACUAGUGUGUGAUUUUCACUAGUUCACUUACAGGCUAGAGAAGUCGCCCAAAAAUGGCGAGUCAGCGAUGUUCGCGCUUUUGCGUCUUCAGAGGUCAAAGUUUGUCAGAUUUACUAUCCGAGCGUUUCCCGGGCGUGCGGAUCCCCGGACUGAGGCGUAGCGUGGACUAGCGUCCUGCUGUAUGCUAGCUCCGUAGUCAAAGCCGUGUUUGUGAGACCGUUUUUGCUCUUGUUUUAUUGCGAUGAAUAGAAAUAUGUAAUGAGUUGUGUUUGAUAAUGAGUUCAGGCUUCUUCAGCUUCCCCCAGUUUCAGUGACUCCUUCAGUAUUAACUCGUACGUGGAUAAAAGCGAUACGUGGACCGGACCGGACCGGAUCGGAAAGCAGGCGUAGCGUAUACGCACAUCCACAACUUUGUAUUAUAGAAAGAUGUACGUUUUUAAAAAUCACCAGCUAGCAUGUGAGCAAACGCGUCUGUUGUAAACGACUGUGAUAUCUGUUAAUAAAAACCUUUAUUUCAUCGUUAACCGUUA